AUGAAAGUCAACAUGGAACAGGUGAAGUGAGGAGCUCAUCAUGAUGCUGAUCGUGAAGCUUAUCGUGAUGGUUAUGAACUAAAAGUUAUCUCCAGUUGUCAUAUUUAUUAAAGUUAAAAAAUGGUGAGAGGGAACAGGGUAGUGGAUUAGACCGAUGAGGGCUUAAUCUGCCACGCGAAGAUGAUUCUUCAAAACAGAUAUUUAGGCUGCUAGAGACUUGAACAUCUAUGCAUUAAUUCUUAAAUGUCUUAAAUCAAAUACAUUAAGGUGUAUAUUGUCAUCCUUAGACCAUUUUUUAUCAACUCAUGCAUAGAUGACAAUCUCGAACAGAGAUUUUAAACGUUCCUCAUGUGUACAACAACGCAGUAGUUCGGAGUCACCGGGGUCAAAAUCGUUCAGAUAUACUUCAUUCUCAGGUAAAAAAUUAGGGGAACCACUUUCCAGAGAGUUAAUUCGCAAUAGAAAUUUUUUUAUAAUUGAGUUCGUCGCUCUUAAUACCACACUCGUUCUACGUUGCAGACUUCGAUGCAGCCCAGGUUACCCAGCCGGGUGACAACAAAAGAAAGAGCUUGGAUAGUGGUCAGUUUCGCGCAACGAUCAGCUUUGCCUCAAAAGUUUCUGGAUUUCUGUGGCAGCUUUUCAAUCUAUACCAUUGAACAAACGUCGAUUGAUUCGGCAAUGAGGCCUUUAAGGAGAGGUAAGAUAAGUUUUAUGAAAACAAUAAAAAGCAACUACCGCUUUUGCAAUAGGCUGAUAGCCAAAUAAAUCGAAAAAAUUCUUUUCAAUCGUCCCUUUUGGAUGAUAUGUAUGGAAGUGUACAUGAAUUAUUUAUCUCAAAGGACGCAAUUCAAUGGUGAAAUCAUAUCUGAACCCGCGUGAGAUUUCAAAUAAUAAUAUAUCCUGUGUCAUUUUGUUAUCGAACGAAACUUUGCGCUUUAAGCGAUCGUCUGUCACUUAAUCUAAUGCCAAUUUACUAAGAAAAAAAAAGAAGACACCAGAAUAUGAACACGAUUCAGGUACAAACAAUUUCUAAGGACAAGACAAAUAUAUGUUAGGAGACUUUUAUUGUUAUUUGAGGUAAUGAUUAUGUUUUUAUUUCCUUUAAGGUUUUGGCUGUCAAAAGCGGAGUCAUACUAUUAGGGACUUUUCCUUAUGUAGUCUUGAUGAUGCGAAAACAAUGAUGCGUUGUUUGCAGAAGGAAAUCGAUCGACGACGGACACACGCAUCUAAGCACAUUCAAUAUAGUAUAAGAUGCAAAUAUGCUACACAUUGUGGUACUUACGUUGUAGACUGUAAGCCC